AUGGGCGGGCAGCUGGUGCCUCCGCCGUCUCUGAUGAGGACUUCACCGUCGGUACGUGCUGAUUCUCUUAGCUCCUUCUUCACCCGACUAGGGUUUUCAUUUAGUUGCAUGUCCCUUUUUUUGGCCCUAUCAAUGGAAACCGCAAUUCCUGCCUGGGCGAAGAGCUUCGGGAUUUUUCUUCUUUUCAGCCCUGCUGCUGCCCUUUUCAUCUCGCCGAUGUCCGCUAGUUCCAGUUGCAUCUCUCUGAAAUUCGGACUGGAUAAGGAGAAGUUUCUAGAGGUUAUGCGUGGCCGGGCCACCAAGACCAUGGCUAUGGAAUUGUUCGGGAAGAGAAUGGUCGGGAGGGAUUUUGGGCCAAGAGGUUUUUGCGGAGUAUAUGGUGAAGGAUUUGGGGAUGGCAACAGAUAUGUCCAGGGAAGGCAACAAGUAUAA